AUGGAUAGUGAAUUCACCGAGUUUUUCAACCAGACCUGGAACAGUAAAUUUCGAGCUGGACACAGCAGCGAUGGAGGUGGCAGUGGCAGCAGUGGUGGCAAUGGCUCUGGGACAGGAUCCGGAAGCGGACAUGGUUUGUUUGGAGCAGCUUCCGCAGCAGCAAUGGCUACUGCUCCAAAGCUUUCUUCAAGACUGACACAAUCCCAACAACAACAUCAGCAGCAACAACAACAACAACAUCAACAACAACAAAUGGCUGCUGGUUGCAAUUCUUCCGGAGGAACUUCUACCAAUAACAGUUCCCUUCGGAAUGACAACCUGCUUUCCGAUACCCGCCUUUUCCUGAACGAAAUUGCCAAUAGCCAUAAAAACCAACAACAGCUCCAACAGCAACAUAAUCAAAACAGUAGAAACCUAUUUACAACGGGCAUUGCAGCUGCCGCAACGACUGAAUUACGUGAUACAAAUUUAGGGCCUUUAAGAAAUACCAGUAGCAGUAGUAGUACCAACACUAGCAGUAACAGCAUCAAUACCAGUAGUAAUAGUGUCCAUAAUAGUCAUAGUUUUACUCGUGAUACCAGAGAGUUUCCAAAGCUCAGCCAUCGACUAAUGCAACCAUUGAACGAUGCCGGCACUUCCGGUGGCUCUGCUGGCGGAGCAAACUCCGCAAGCAAUGGCGGAAACGGCAGUGCAAGCACCGGGCGGCAUUCGGGGAUUCUGAAUCAGCAAGAUUUCAACGCGUUCUGCUCGUCGCUGUCGGCUGCUGCGGCGGCUGCAUCGGCGGCAACUAGCGGCGAUCUGGCCGACAGCACCACGCCGCCACCGUCGUCGGUGGUCGGCUCCGGCGGUGGCUCGUCAACGCUCAACACCAACAAUCUGCUGGCGGCGGCUGCAGCUGCGGCUGCCGCAGCUGGUGCCGAACUGGGCGGUACGGCAAGCGAUCUGCUCAGUCUAGGUGGGCAUCAGCACGAGAAAAAACCGCCGAACUCAAUUCGAGCACAAAUCGAAAUCAUCCCCUGCAAAGUAUGCGGCGACAAAUCGUCUGGAGUACAUUACGGCGUGAUAACGUGCGAAGGCUGCAAAGGGUUUUUUCGUCGCUCCCAAAGCUCAGUGGUCAAUUAUCAGUGCCCCCGGAAUAAGCAGUGCGUCGUGGAUCGAGUUAACCGAAAUCGGUGUCAGUACUGUCGACUGCAAAAGUGCCUAAAGCUUGGAAUGAGCCGCGACGCGGUAAAAUUCGGUCGAAUGUCGAAAAAGCAACGGGAAAAGGUAGAAGACGAGGUACGGUUUCAUCGAGCUCAGAUGCGUGCCCAGAGUGAUGCGGCACCCGACAGUUCUGUGUUUGAUACCCAGACGCCCUCGAGUAGUGAUCAGCUGCACCACGGCUACAAUGGAUAUGCAUACAACAAUGAGGUUGGUUAUGGCAGUCCCUAUGGUUACUCGACAUCGGUCACCCCGCAACAAACGAUGGGCUACGACAUCUCAGCGGAUUACGUGGAUAGUACAACAACUUAUGAACCUAGAAGUACGAUAAUAGACCCAGAUUUCAUAAGUGGACACAACAAAGACAGCUCACCAAACCAUCGAGCAAUAACGCUGAACGAUAUUCGUUUAGCACGAGUUCAACAGACUGCAACAGCCACCGCGAACAGUACCGCUGGUGGAGGCGGUAGUUCACAACCGCAGCAACAGCAACAGCAGCAGCAACAACAACAACCAGGUCAGCAGCAACAACAACAGCAAUUGCCGCAGCAGCAACAAAACCCCAACCAGCAAACAGCAAUAAGCACUCUCUCUAAUCAAACCUCCGGCAACAAUAACAACAAUAAUAACAACAGCACACAUAGUACAAUAAUCACGAUUAAGCAGGAGCAGCUUACGAACGUGGACAACAUCGUAGGAAGUUUCGUGGAUUCGACGACCUUCCUGCCAUCGCCCAACAGCCAACAGCAGAUGGUCAAUCCGAAUCUGGUGCACACCAGCGGUACCAACGGACCCGGGAUGCCUCAAACCGUGGUUUCUGGUUCAGAAGUCACAGGUAACAGCAUAAGGCGUAGCGAUUGCUGCCAGCAGAAUCCAGUGUCUACGGUUGGAAACGGUACUGGUGCUGGUGUGGCCGAUGGUAUUGGGUUACCCCAUUCGCAUCUUCCUAGCCAGAAUACACCGGUUUCGUUCGGUGAGGACGAUAGCUCCUGCGACUCACACUCAAAAUGGGCCGAAGGCGACAUCAAUGACGUGUUGAUAAAAACCCUGGCGGAAGCGCAUGCGAAUACCAACCACAAGCUGGAAAUAGUGCAUGAAAUGUUCCGAAAGCCACAGGACGUCACCCGCAUUCUGUACUACAAGAACAUGAGCCAAGAGGAACUGUGGCUGGACUGUGCGGAGAAGCUGACAGCCAUGAUUCAACAAAUUAUCGAAUUCGCCAAACUGAUACCGGGUUUCAUGCGGCUAAGUCAAGAUGAUCAGAUUCUCCUGCUGAAAACUGGCUCAUUCGAACUGGCAAUCGUGCGCAUGUCUCGACUGAUGGAUCUCUCAACCAACUCCGUACUGUACGGGGACAUCAUGCUCCCGCAGGAGGUGUUCUACACGUCUGACUCGUUCGAGAUGAAACUGGUGGCGUGCAUAUUUGAGACUGCGAAGAGUAUCGCCGAACUGAAGCUGACGGAGACGGAACUGGCGCUGUACCAGAGUCUUGUCCUGCUGUGGCCCGAGCGAAACGGUGUACGGGGUAACACGGAAAUUCAGCGAUUGUUCGAAAUGAGCAUGUCCGCCAUACGGCAGGAGAUCGAGGCGAAUCACGCACCGCUCAAAGGUGACGUGACGGUGCUGGAAAUCCUGCUCAACAAAAUCCCUACCUUCCGUGAGCUCUCCAUCAUGCAUAUGGAAGCGCUGCAAAAGUUCAAGCAAAAUCACCCGCAGUAUGUGUUCCCCGCGCUGUACAAGGAGCUCUUCUCGAUCGACUCGCAGCAAGACCUAAUGACAUAA